AUGCCCCUCACCUCCCUCUCCCAAGGCGACACUACAGACCUCAAGGACGCAGCAGAUGCUCUCGACAAGCGCGCCGUCGCAACAUCCGACACACUCAAAGACGCGGCCGGUCCGUCGGACCCCGGUCCCAAACCGCUCCCUCUCAAGGACAAGGAUGACCUGAAGAAACUCAACGGCGCCGCGACGCAGGAGGGCAUGUAUGGAGGCAUGGUGUUUGGCGGCUUGUUGACCGGCCUCGCAAGCACCGUCAAGCACCCGCGCAUCACCCCCAACACGCUCACGCUCACGUUCCUCCUCUCGUCAACCAUGUUCUCCUUUGCCUGGACGCGCCACCGCAUCCGCGCCGCGCUCGGCGAACAGGCCAGCGUCAUGGCGGAACACCGCCUCACCCGCGCGCCCAUGGGCGGCACCUUCCUGCCAGACUUUGCGACCGGCGAUCAGACAGAGGUGAUGGAGGUGGACCACCGCGGUGCCGUGCACGCCGUCGUCCCCGACUCUGACCCCGUGCCGCAUUUCGUCGGUACCGGCGGCCUUGCUGUGAACGACGCUGCAGCGGCGGCGGCGGGCGAUGGCCGGCCACCACCAGAGGACGUGGCCAAGGCGCGCGAACAGCGGCGUAUCGCUGCCGAGCUCCGGAACUUGGGCACAGGGAGCGCAGAGCGCAGUCGAUGGACAAAGGGACGCGGACUGGCGGGCGAGGUUGAGGAGGAACCCGAGAUGCGCGAUACAUUCAUGCGUCCCGGUGUGCCCCGGCGUGAGGUCUAG